AUGACUGUCACGGCCACAGACAGCAUCGUUAAGAAUGAUCGACCCGGACCUGGUAGUUAUCAGCCAGCAAAUACUUUACAACACCAACUGACAAAACCGUCAGAUUCAAAAUUGGGUUCUGGUGGACUUGCCGCAAAAAGUCAUCGGCGUAAUUUUGGCUCAAGUAACAGUGCACCGUCACCUGGCACGUACAAUAUUGCAGGAAAUAUUGGACAACGACACGAUUUUAGUCGGAAAUAUUCUAGUAUGUUUCAAAAACCAAUUGCUGAACGAGUAUCAUCAUCAAAGUCAUCUGUACCAGCGCCCAACCAAUAUGAUGUUUUUCAAGGAUUAAAAACGGUAAAUAAGACAAAUAAUGUCACAGCAACUGCUGCAUUUCGUUCAAAAACAAAACGUGCAAAUGCCACGAUUAAAACUAUGGAUACACCAGCACCGGCAAUCAGUGCUCCUGCUGUGCCUCCGCCUCCUGAGAUACCUUUACCUGGUCCAGGCGCUUACAAUAUUCGCGAUUUCAAAGAUUUAGAAAAGAAAUACAUGAGUUCAGCAGCAUUUGUUUCUAGUACAAGUCGAUGGACGGGUGAUUUAACAAAUGUCGAUCAACCAGGCCCGGGAACAUACUCUCCUCAUGCACCUAAUCGACAGUCAUUUAAUUUUAAUUUUGAGAGAAAAUGGAUGUAG